AACCAGAUGGGUUCUCUCUCAAACUUCAUCUUCUUCCUCCUUUCCUCCAUCCUCCUCAUCCUUCUUCUUUCUUCUUCUUAUUCUUUCUUUCUCUCUCUUCUCCUUUCUUCUUCUUCUCUCAAACCCAGAUCUGGCAUUUCAGCAACCUCGCUCACCUCGUUCAUCUUGGAUGCGCUUGUGGCACUACUACUCCCCCAUGAGGAAGCCAAUUGUAUCUAUGGAAACACUGGUUGGAUUCGCGAUUAGCUCAGGAACACGAAAAAGACCGUCAAGUCCAUUUCUUUACCCUUUUUUCUAUUUCACCAAUUUUGUGCAUUUAGUCGUCAAUGUUGAAGGUUUCCUAGAUGAACAAUUUUGGGCUUUUCUUUGUUUCUUAUUCCCUAGUGUUAGUUUCAGGUUCCAAGGAGGGAAGUUAUGGUUGGCGCCACUGGUGCUCGUAGGAUGCGUAGGAGGCCAGUCGCUAGAGCUAGCACAUCAUCAACUACAACUACUAGCACUGCAAGUGCUGUACCUUUAGAAAACAAUGUUUCUUUUCAGUCUAAUUUAAACCUUCCUUGGUUGUUUUCUAUGUGCUUGAAUUUAAGAAUUUAUUCCCAAUUUUUUGAGUACCAUACCAGUGAUAACACAUGGUGUAUUCAUAUAUGUCUAACUAUAGUCUAUAGCUACCUUAACUUUCCUCACUUACUCUUCUCUAGUGUCUAAAUCCAGUCUAAUUUAUGUCUUGGUCUUUUCAUUUGUAUUGUGUGACUAUUAAGUGUUGAAAGUUUAAUUCUAUUCUAGUCUUGUAUUUUGAAGUGUGCCUCAAGCACUCUUCUUUGCACAAGAGUCGAGUGUAAUUUUGUGUAACAGAUAUUGGGCUCAUAGACAAGGAGUGAUUUAUAGUGAGGAUUGUUGGGUUUGUCUUGUAAAGGGGUGAGAUUUGUGAGAAAACCUGUGUUUUUAUAAAAGGAUUGAGUGGUGCCUUUAAGCCACCUUUAGUCUUGUUAAUAGAGAGUGUGGAGGAAAUCCUUGGUGAGUGAAGCCAAGGUAAAGGACUAGGUAGUAGUUGGAUCAAACUUUUAUAAAAUCUUUGUGUUAGCUUCUCUUAUCUACUCUCUUUGAUUUUUGCUUUGUGGUUGCAAAGGGGAAGAAACUUUUGAAACUCCA